AUGACUGCUUUAUCAAGCCGACUCAAAAAUAAAAAAGAUAAGAACGGAUCUUUGUUACUGGCGUACGACAGGGUUCUCCAGCAAUCGUUUUCUAUAUCGCCUAAACCCUCGUUCCUUCUGAAUCCUAAAAUCUACACGAAACUGACUUCAGCGGAUGACUUCCUAUGGAAAACACGUGCUCUGUCUACAAUUGCUCGAUCGAAGGUGUUUGAGGCUGGAGACCUUGCCGCAAGAGACGCAUGGGGACAGGCUUUCAUUUACAUGAUCUGUUCAUCUAGUACUCCUCCAGAAGUCCGAAGACAUGUACUUGUUGAAUUACUCGUUCUCUGCCGGCCACUGUUGAUACCAGGGACACAAUGGAUUGACGUUGUUUUGAAAACCGGUAUAGAUCCGAGGGAAUUGGUUCAUGAGAAAUACAAAGAGUGCAUGUCUCAGAUCCUAAACGCUAUAACUGACCCAAUUCGAAAACAGAUAACCAAGGGAAAAUCUGCGGCAUGGAGCGCUGCAGCUGAUUUAGCUUUCGUGGCUCCCGAUAUCAUGAUUCCCUGUCUCAUUAAACAACUUCAUGAAGAUCUGGAUCCGAAGCGAAUACUGAAAUUUGAUCCAACUGACAUUGCUAUAGCCCGGACACCUGAAGGAACGAUGUUUGUGGAUGUUUUGAAACUUGUGGCAAGAAUUCUCUACCGUCUUCGUUUGGGUUCAGAACAGCGACCAUUUGAUCUUGCUACCCUAUCAUAUAUCCUCCCUUUGAUUUUCAUUGUACUUGAUAGGGAUGGAAUUGAAGAGUCAAAAGAUAGCAAAGGAGAGCAAAUUUUACUGGCUCUCGAGUUUCUAUCUUUCCACCCAAAUUCGUUCUCCGACAAUAGACUCCCUCGCAUUAAGACUUUACAAACUUUGAUAUCCUCUAUGCAGAAAUAUACCCAAUACUAUAAAAUCAUUCGAGACACCUUUUUUGACCUUUGCAGGUGUAUAACCCAUAACAUCGAUCGAAAUGAGCUUGAAGUCAUUCUCAAGGCUUCGAUAGUCCAUGAGAUAUCAGUGCGAACAUCGGUACUCCAGGCUAUCUUGGCGGAGAUGGAUCUUACUGACCUUGACUUUUCGGAGUACAUCUGGCUGGGUUGUCACGACCAUGUAGCGGAGAAUAGAGAAACGGCGGAGGCCAUUUGGGAGCAGAAUGCUUUCGAUGUUGAUGAAAAUUCCGCAGAUCUCUUGAUCAAGUAUCUUGAUACCAAGGACUCACAACUUCGAGGGGCAGCGGCGCGAGCACUUGCCCAUGCUUGUGAAGUUAGCCCAGAAGUGUUCACUAAUAUUUUUACAAAGUUACAAUCGAAAUAUCGAGAAGAAGUAAGACCUAAAGCCCCAGAAAAAGAUGCCUACGGCAUGCCUAAAAAAGUUGAUGGGCAAGACAAAUGGGAGCCUCGAAGUGGAAUUGCACUAGCAUUUGGGGAAAUGGUGAAGGGUUUUCAAAAAGACCAAAUCGUCACACUCCUUCAGUUCCUGAUCAAUGAGGGCCCGCUAAUAGAUAAGAGUGCUUUCGUGAGACGCCAAAUGGCUGAAAGUGGUAGCGCUGUUAUCACAUUGAGAGGCGCCGAAAAUGUCGAACAACUGAUGCAACUAUUUGAACAAUCAUUAGAAACGUCAGAUAAAGCGAGUGAACAAUCGGAUUGGCUCAACGAGGCUGUUCUAUUGAGCAGCUUUGGUGACCCAAGCAUCGAUGUUCGCAAUGCUUGCUUAGAUGCUGCUAAAACAUGCUUUUCAAAUCUGAGUUCUUAUGGUGUCAAGCAAAUCCUCCCGACCCUUCUAGACGGACUUGACGAUCAGCAGUGGCGCAGCAAAAAGGGAGCUUGCGACCUUUUGGGAGCUAUGGCAUACCUUGACCCUCAGCAACUUGCCGUUAGUCUCCCUGACAUCAUCCCUCCUCUCACAGUUGUCCUAAAUGACAGUCACAAGGAGGUUCGCAAUUCUGCAAACCGGAGCCUUCAGCGGUUUGGGGAAGUGAUCAGCAACCCUGAAGUGAAGAGUCUUGUUGGUGUUCUUCUCAGAGCUCUUAGCGACCCUACCAAAUACACCGACGAAGCAUUGGACGCAUUGAUAAAGGUGUCGUUCAUCCAUUACUUGGAUGCACCAUCCCUUGCACUGGUUGUGCGAAUCCUCGAACGUGGACUUGGGGACCGGUCAGCUACCAAAAAGAAAGCAGCUCAGAUUAUCGGCAGUCUGGCUCAUCUCACAGAACGUAAAGAUCUUAUCUCACAUUUGCCGAUAUUAGUCGCUGGAUUGAAACUUGCCAUCGUUGACCCUGUCCCGACGACUCGUGCAACGGCCUCCAAAGCACUUGGCUCUCUUAUCGAAAAACUCGGCGAAGACGCCCUCCCAGACCUUAUACCAAGCCUUAUGACCACUCUCAAAUCAGAUACUGGGGCUGGUGAUCGGCUGGGUUCCGCUCAAGCGUUAUCUGAAGUCCUUGCGGGAUUGGGUACUUCGCGCCUCGAAGAAACUUUGCCUACUAUCUUGCAAAAUGUGUCAAGUGCUAAGGCGUCAGUCAGGGAAGGGUUUAUGUCGCUUUUCGUUUUUCUUCCUGCCUGUUUUGGAAACAGUUUUGCCUCUUACCUUAACAAAAUCAUUCCCCCUAUUCUCGCUGGUUUGGCAGAUGAUGUCGAGGCAAUCCGCGAGACUUCCCUGCGUGCCGGGCGACUCCUGGUGAAAAACUUCGCCACCAAAUCCAUUGACCUCUUAUUACCAGAACUUGAGAGAGGCUUAGCUGAUGACAAUUACCGCAUUAGGUUGAGCUCCGUGGAGUUGGUUGGCGACCUGCUCUUCAAUCUCACUGGGAUCCAAAAUAGAGGAGAGGAUGAUGAGGAAGAAGACAAGGUUGCACAAGCUGGCCAAUCCCUUCUUGAAGUAUUGGGAGAGGAAAAACGCAACAAGGUUCUCUCUUCUCUCUACAUUUGUCGCUGUGACACUUCCGGUUUGGUAAGAAGUGCAGCAAUAGCGGUUUGGAAAGCACUAGUCGCCACCCCACGGACCCUGAAAGAACUUGUACCUACCCUGUCCCAGCUCAUCAUUCGCCGGCUUGCAAGUCCCAACAUGGAACAGAAGGUUAUUGCCGGAAAUGCAUUAGGCGAGCUUAUCAAGAAGGCUGGAGAAGGGGUCUUGUCAACACUGCUACCGUCGCUGGAAGCCGGUCUCGUUGCAUCUACCGACGUGGACUCGAGGCAAGGUAUUUGUAUUGCAUUACGAGAGCUCGCCAUCUCCGCUUCAGCUGAAUCACUUGAAGAUUAUGAGAAGAUUCUCGUAUCGAUUGUGCGGACUGCCCUGGUAGACCAUGACGAGACCGUGCGUGAAUCUGCAGCCGACGCCUUUGAUGCCCUGCAACAAGUACUAGGCAAACGAGUAGUUGACCAGGUUCUUCCCAAUUUACUUCAUCUUCUUAGAUGCGAGGCCGAUGCACAACAAGCGCUCUCUGCCCUCUUGACGCUGUUGACGGAAACUACGAGAGCCAACUUGAUACUCCCCAAUCUCAUUCCAACAUUAUUGACCGCACCUAUCUCUGGAUUCAAUGCAAAGGCUCUAGCAUCGUUGGCUGAAGUAGCAAGUUCUUCUAUGACCCGAAGGUUACCUGCCAUAUUAAAUGCAUUUAUGGAUACCAUUGUUUCCACCAAAGAUGAUGAGCUCAGGGAUGAGAUUGGAGAAGCUUUUGAUACUAUUUUGGAAUCUGUGGAUGAAUAUGAUGGACUAAACGCUUCAAUGAGCGUAAUGUUAUCGCUGAUGAAGCAUGAGGAUCAUCACAAACGAGCAAAUGCUGCCACUCGCUUAGGGAAAUUCUUCUCCCAUACAGACGUCGAUAUUUCCCGUUACCACCCCGAUUUGAUUCGCGUAUUGCUUAUCUCGUUUGAUGACCACGAUAAGGGCGUGGUGACAGCGGCAUGGGAUGCUUUAACACAACUCACUACACACAUAAAAAAGGAGGAAAUGGAAGUUUUGGUCAUUCCAACGCGUCAAGUUCUGCGGCAAGUUGGUGUUCCAGGAUCUGAUCUUCCAGGAUUUUGCUUACCGAAAGGAAUUGGAUCGAUAUUCCCAAUAUUUCUUCAAGGGCUUCUCAAUGGAAAUGUGGACCAGCGUGUACAAUCUGCACUUGCUAUUGCCGAUAUAAUAGACAGGACAAGUGCGGAAGCAUUACGACCAUAUGUCACUCAAAUCACCGGUCCAUUGAUCAGAGUUGUCUCAGAGCGAUCUGUAGAUAUCAAGUGCGCCGUUUUCUUAGCUCUAAACAAGCUUCUGGAAAAGAUACCUCUAUUUGUGAAACCAUUCUUGCCGCAACUGCAGCGGACAUUCGCCAGAGGACUGGCGGAUACUUCGAGUGAUGUAUCGCGAAAGAGAGCUGCCAAAGGUUUAGGAAUCCUGAUAACAUUAACGCCUAGGGUCGAUCCACUCAUAGCUGAGCUUGUCGCUGGUUCUAAAACCUCCGAUUCUGGUGUUAGAAAUGCCAUGCUUCAAGCAUUGCAUGAAGUUGUAAGCAAAGCGGGUAAAAAUAUGAGUGAUGCAUCUAGAAAUGCGAUCCUCGCUCUUAUUGACGACGAGUCUAAUGAGCGAGAUGAUGCGAUGAAUACUACAAAUGCCGGGCUUCUCGGGGCUCUUGUCAAAACUAUUCCAGCUACUGCUGCCGUUCCACUGAUAAAGAGCCGUGCCCUCACGCCUCACUUAUCCCACUCUUCGAUUCUUAACCUCAAUGCGCUUUUGGUGGAAUCUGCAGCGUUUCUCGUGGGAAAAUUUCCGUCUGAGACCCCAUCAGUCAUAUCCAAUGGCAUUUCGAACAAAGAUACAUUCAUAUCGGAUAACAGCGUUCUUGCGGCAGGCAAGUAUCUUCUAUCAGAGAGCAUAACGCGAAACUUUGAGACAGAUAAACCUUUAGUAGAAGCUCUUGCCAAUGUAAUCAAGCCCGGUGGGCCCACGGAUACUCGCCGGAUAGCUUUGGUCAUUGUUCGAACAGUCAGUCGUCUGCAUCCGGAGCUCAUUCGCCCUCAUCUCCAUCUCCUGGCGCCAUACGUCUUUGCUAGUGUGCGGGAUGUUGUGAUACCAGUUAAACUGGCCGCGGAAGCAGCUUUCUUGGCGCUGUUUUCAGUAGUCGAAUCCGGAGCCACUGUAUUCGAAAAAUACAUGAAUGGCGCAGGAGCCGAGCUGCCCACGGGCACAAAACGGAGCAUGCAAGAUUAUUUUAAACGCGUUGCCCUGAAGCUUGCAAACCAGGCUCGGGAGAGGCGAGAAGCUGAAGGUGGCCAGGGGGGAUUGGGACUUUCCAGUGAUGAGCUUGAGGAUGAAAAGGAGCUAAGCGGCCAAUUCCCCAACCCCAAACGCAAAUCUGCCGUCGUCAAUAUUGAUUGUGGGAAUUCGAACAUCCAAUCCGUCAACGACCGACCAUCGAUAAUAUCCGGCAUCAAGAUGGUCAACCUUCGCACCCAGAAGCGCCUGGCGGCCUCCGUGGUCGGCUGCGGCCAACGCAAGAUCUGGCUCGAUCCCAAUGAAGUUAACGAGAUCUCCACCGCCAACUCCCGCCAGACCAUCCGCAAGCUUUUGAGCGAUGGCCUCAUCAUCCACAAGCCUGUGACCAUGCACUCACGUUCCAGAGCCCGGGAGCUCGCAGAGGCUAGAAAAAUCGGACGACAUCGCGGUUUCGGUAAGAGAAAGGGUACCAAGGACGCCAGAAUGCCAAGGUUUGUCACAUUCUUCCCUCCUUGGGAUUUUGGGGGUUGGGGGAAUUGGACUCUUCGAGUUCGCUAUUGA